CCAGUAGUAGUCGUAGUGCGGAGUUACUGGGUAGUCAGACCUCAAUUUGCUUUCCCACACAAUUAAAAAACAAGAAUGUAUCGAAUAAAAGAAUGACAUCUAGUGAAUACCAUAUAAAUGAAUGCACACCUAACACAAACCUUCAUAUCGCGAUGCGGAAACUAAAUAAAAAGGAUCCAAUUACCAAAAAAAAGGCAUUGGAAGAAUUGAUAGACGAUAUAAAUUACGCUAGUCUUGAAGAGGUGGGACAAAUCUUAUCAUUGUGGUCUAAAAUCUACCUCGAUCUUGCCCACAAUCCGGCUCAUAACGUACGGGAGCUAACACAGGAGGUACAGAAAGUGUUAGCAUUGAAAUGUAAACGUAUGAUGGCGCCUUACUUGAAACAGUUGGUACCAGUUUGGCUAUUUUCUCAGUUUGAUAAUUAUGCUCCUGCUGCCAAAAUUGCCCGUUCAAGUUUUUAUGACAUUUUUAAUGCUAAAUCCAAUCGUAUUCAAGAAGUUUGCUUGCACUGCCAGCUUGAGAUUCUGGAUCAUAUACAGGACAUUCUUUCGAGGCCGCCAAAAAAAUUUGAUAAGCAAAGCACAGAAGAUAGCAGUCUUUAUCACAACUUGAUUUAUGGGAGUCUUGAGAUGCUUGCCUUUUUCACUAAACAUACUAAGACUACGGAGCUUUCUUCUAAAUCCCAUAUAAUAUUGCGUAUAAUACUCGAGCAUGAAAACUUUUGGAACUAUGGAAAACGUGGCUCUAACAUGUUAAGGAUUACGUUUUUUAAAAUCAUUUACAACCUUCUACAAAAUUCAGCCGACGACGAUAUACUCAUGGAGUGGAAAAGGAAUAUUAUUCAGAUUUCUUUUAACGGAAUAGAUGAGAGUGAUCACACAUUAUCGUCACAUAUGUGGAAAUGCAUUUUGCUCAUACAAUCAAAAUAUGAGGAUUGGUACAAAUACUUGGACUUUAAAUCUGAUAUUCAACCCAAGGUUUCAUGCCUGCUUCAAAACAAUUUUUUUAACAACUACGAAACAAUAUGUCCGAAUUUACUGUCGUUUAACAACGCGGUGGUUUGCGCUUAUUUUCAAGAAUAUGACUGGCAUAUAUAUUUUGAACAGUAUCUAAUGGAUUUAAAAAACGUUUUUUGUUCGGAAGCAUUCCGUGACAAUGAAACACAUUAUAACGCUAUUUUCGCUGCUUAUUUCAGCUGUUGGGAGUUUAUUCUAAAUAAACUAAACAAUGCAGGCAGAGAUCCAGAACACAAGCAAAAAUAUAUAUAUAAAAUGUUGCUUACAAAUGUUAUAGAUUCCGUUGAAUGUUUACUAAUAUCUAAUAAAAAUAUAGCAAUUAAACGAUUUGCUUCGAUGACUGUUAAUAUGAUAACGAAUUGGAAAACACAAUGUGAGAGUGGAGACAAUAGCUUGUUUUAUUUAAAUCUAUUGAACGAGUUUUGGAGUUUGAUAUUCCAUUUAAUAAACGAGUUAAUUCAUAUAAAUGAUCAUUACCCAGAUGGAAUUAUUGAAUUGGUUCAAAGUCUCGUGCAAAGAAAUGAAGAGCAUGUAAGCGAAAAGCUUCCCACCUGCUUAACUUUACAACAACAUAACUGUGUUACGGGAAGUGCAAACGAAGAUCGGCUGAGAAAGAUCGCUUUGGAGAUGCUUCAACACUGUUUAAGAAAAAUUAGAAAACAGCACAAGAAAUGUUUAAAACAUGUUAAGUUAAUAAUUGACAUGUUUCCUGAUAUCGAAUUUUAUAAAAGUAUUACAAGCGACUGCGAUGUUAGUAAAUCGAUAAAUAUUUUUGUUCAUUUAAUAUCUGUUGUGGAUAAAGAGUUUGACACGGAUGUUGCCGAAAUUAUCUUCAAGUUGUUACCUUUCCUUGAUGCCGAUGAACAGUUUAUCUUCAUAAAGACUCACAUCUUUUCCAUCCGUUCCAGAGAACUUCAAAUUUUAAUUCUAGAGAGUCUAUUCUUUAACCGUUUAAAAAUUGGAAAACGCAGAGAAAUAAUAUUAUGUGAGCCUGAGGUUAGAUCCUUAAUAAUAAAUUGCACCAUAAAUUACUUAGCAGAAUACUCGGAAAGUACAAAAGAUUGGACGCAAAUGCUUUUUCUUCAAAAUGAUUAUGAUGAGUUCUUGAUCGGUGCAGGUACAGUAGAUGACGUGCUAAAUAUAAUAUUUGAGCCUCUUGAAAAAGAAGAAAGUGAUGACCUUAGCGAGUUAUGUGGAAAUUUGCUUAGUCAAGUAAUGCCUAUAGUAUUUACCAGAGGAAACGCAUCAAUUGAAACAAAAUCCAAAAUGUUUUUAAAACUAUUCAAUUUUUUAAUUGAACACUCAGCGGAAAAAUUUUCAACGGAAAGCAUCCUUUAUAAAUUAACUUCUUGUUGGGAAAAUGCAUUAUCUAAUGAAAUCAUCGUGAAUGAAGAGACAGUCACUAACUGUAUAGAAUCUGUUACAAAUAAAGGGUUUGUAGCGAAACUCAUGUUAAAAAAUACAUUAAAAGUUGCAGAUUUAAUAACUCGACUUAUUAUGGGCGUUGCUAAAGACAGUUCGGCUAAUGAAGAAUGCAUUAAAAAACAAAAUAAGCUAAUCAAUUUGUUUUUUAGCUCUAAUGACAACUCUGAGCUACAAAGCCAAUUUAGAGAUUACUGCCUGUCUUUAGAAAUUCUACAUGGAUAUGUGUCUACACAAGAGAAGAUAUGCUAUAACAAUAUGGAUUGUCGUGACCUAUACCUUAUCUUACAGCGGUCACUUCUAAAUGUAUAUAUAGUUCAACAGUUCUACGAAAGGCUAGAUGUAAUGAAGGACAAGUUUUCUUGCAAUCAACUAAGGGCAUUGGAUAUUAAUUUGCGCCAAGAGUUAAUGAAUUGCAUUGUUUUGGCAAAUGCUGGAGAAAGCAUUCUUAAAAUGAAUCCAGAGAGGGACACCUUUCUCAAGAUGUGGGUUCAAGAACUUAGCGCUCAAAUUAGUUCUCUGAUGUAUAAAAAGUCUAAUCUGGCGGAAAUGUUACAGGAAAUGCUUCUCCAAAAUACAACAAAGCCACAUUACAUAUCGUAUUGCCGCUCGCUAUCCUUUUUCGUUUUUAGUCACCAAUACCUGGAGUUUGGAGAAAACGCAGCAAUUAUUCUUACAGAGGAAUUGUUCGCCUACUUUUUGAGUAGAGAUGUUCUAACACCUUACAUAAAUUUCUUGCAGUUUCAGUUACCUCAGCUGGGUUACAGAAGUAUAUCCGUACAAAAUAUUUCUGUCUGUGCAAAGUCAACCAACGUUUGGAUAAAAUCUGCGUCACUGUGCUGCUUCGUAGCAAAUUUUUUUAAAUCCAACGUAAUGGAAAUCGGCGAUAGAAAUGUAGCUACGCAAAUAUUGGGAUUUAUUCGAGAAAUGAGCGAAAAAUUAUAUACGGAUAAAAAAGCGAUAUGUGAUGUCGCAAUGGAUGACCACGGAUCUGUAAUUGAAUUGGUUGAAUACAUCCGACUGCUAACUGAAGUUAUAAGAAAUAUGCCGUGGUGUUUAAAGUACAAAGACUGGGAUAUUGUUAUUAUUGGAUUGAGUUCAUGGGUACCUAGGGUACUUAAUUCAAUUGAGAAGUUCGCGGACUUGAAGGUUGCUUUAUUCACUAUAAACGUUUGUAGGCUAUUUGCCACUUUCGUGCAACUUAUUAGAACCGAAAAAAAAUGCAGUUCUACUCUAUUAAUACAAAAAACUAUUGAUGAAUGGGAAUACUUAUUUGAAAAGGAUGUAUCUUGCGGUAUAUUUAAUACGUUCUACAGACUUCUACAAACACAAGUUUUAAAAUAUCCGAAAUCGACGAGUUUGUUGAGGUCGACAAUCAAAAGGCCUUCAGCUAUAUGUAUAUUUGGGACUGCGUAAUAUAUGCGUGUGUCACAUCGCCUCUUUUUGUACGGACAAUUUAUACUUCGUGGCUGUUUGAACAUAAGUUUAUAGAGAAUGGAACAAUACUUGAUGGGUUAGCGCUAUGGAAAUAUAACAUGGAUAAAAAGUUUGAAGGUGUGGAAGAAUGUUACGUGUGCUACACUGUAAUACACCAAGAUACCUGUCAGCUGCCGAAACUCACUUGUAAAACGUGUAAAAAGAAGUUUCAUGGAUCUUGUCUAUACAAGUGGUUCACAACUAGCAGUAAAUCAACAUGUCCGAUAUGCCGAAACGUAUUUUAAAUAAAGUUUAAACGAAAUUUCGAUAUGUCUAAAAAAACAUUGGAUUCUAAUUUAAAAAACACGAUUUUAUAUAUAAGAAAUACAGUACCCAAUGUUUUGAUUACUUGUUUUGAAAUAUAGAUAACAACACUACGCGUUCAGUUUCAGGAGCGUGAUAAUGUAUUUGCUGUUUCUGUAAAAGACAACCGUAGUAUAUUGUAACUAAAAUAUAAUCAACGUUUAUUGUUUUUGAUCAUAGAAAUUUAAUUGUAACUUUUCCAAAUAUAUGUAUAUAAGUUCAACGCUUA